UAACUUCUUGCGCAUGGCUUUGAGCUUGUCUCGUUUUGACAGUCUUCCCACUAUGAAUGUUUGUGGUCAUUAUUACUUACUAAGUGGACUAAUGAGUAAAACCCGCCCCGCUCCCAUCUUGACAAGGCCCCGACCAGAAACCGGAAUGCAACUUGGAGUGGCCUAAUACGCAUAUUGAUGGGUUGGGCCACGCAACCUUGCCAGUUUUCGCUCUCGAACGAAGAUCAAAAUGUUUGAAGCGUUUAUCCAGUACCUCUCCGGGGUACUUGACCUGCCUGAUGACCAGGUCAGAUUCAUACCCCUGUUGUUGAUGGGGUAUCCACUGGCAUUGGUGCUGCGUCACAUCCUCCAUCCCUCCUGGACCUCUCUCCAUGUCAGACAUCUCUUCUCUUCUCUCUCUGGUCUCACCAUCGCCACCCUCUGCUAUGGCUGGCAGGUGUUAGCUUUGCUUGGACUUGUAGCAGUUGGAUACAUCAUCCUUCUUGUGGCACCACCACAGACUGUUCAUAGGUGGAGUAUGGGAUGGGCCGUAUUAUUCAUGAGUGCUGGAAAUAUGUACUACGGCGUAUGGAGUUUGAGUAUUCGUUGGGCAAUGAUGAUAAUGGUUCAAAAGCUUACUUAUGUAGGGUUUAGUAUACAUGAUGGAAUGGGAGGCAAUAGUAGGCCUCUGAAUAAAGACCAGGAGAAGCAGAAACUGACCUCUGUGCCGUCAGUCCUGGAGUACAUGAGCUACUGUUUCAACUUCCACAGUGUACUAGCUGGACCCUCAGUCACUAUGAGGGAGCAUCUGGACUUCAUGGAUGGCUCCAACUUCCGUGUAGUCUCUACUACCAGUAGCCGACAGUCAUCAGUGAGUGAUGUUGCUGUGUUUCAGCUUAUUAUCCAGUGUUGUCAAAGCUUCUGGUGUCAGUGUUCUUCUGUGUUCUCUAUUUCUCAUUGAUAGACUACAACUCACCGUUACCUAUUAUAGGUAUUAUUAUAGUGUAAUGUGUGAACUUUACCCUAUCACAGAUUCGUCCAUGAACAUAAUCCUGAAACUGUUGUGUUUCUCGCUGGUGUGCUUUGUUGUCCGUUGUCGGUUCUACUUUGUUUUCCUUCUCAACGACAGCAUCAGCAAUGCAGCUGGGCUAGGGUUCGAAGGUUAUGACGAACAAAACAGACCCAAGUGGGGACUGGCGUCCAAUAUUGAUAUACUGAGUAUAGAGCUCUCUAUGAAUCCCAGAAACUCAGUCAACUCGUGGAAUAUUACUAGCUCACGGUGGAUAAGAAGAGUGGUUUAUGAGAGAGUGUCAUGGAAUCCAACUCUGGCCAGCUUCUUGUUUUCGGCCUGGUGGCAUGGCUUCUAUCCUGGAUUCUAUCUCUGUUUUUUCACUGCUGGUCUCGGUUUAAUGGCAUCAAAGAAGAUGAGGAGGUGGUGUAACCCAUUCUUCACCGAUCAUGGUCCAGUAUUGAAGUGGACCUACCACAUAGCCACAUGGGUCCUCACUCACGUGUAUAUGACCUACAGUUCUUUAGCUGUUGUUCUGGUGUGGUUCCCUGCUGUCUGGACCUUCUGGAGUCACCACUACUUUGUUCCAACUGUGGCUGCUCUACUGGUACUGCUGUUGGUACCAUCCAGACAGUCUCAGAGACACAAGGACUCACAUGACGUGAAUGGAGAU